AAAAGAAAAAGCCCAAAUUGAAAAAGGUUUGGAUAACUCUCCAUCGUUCACGCCGGAGUUCUCCAACGCCAGCCGACCACGCCUCUGUCUCUCCCCCUAUUCAGCCCCCCUUCUGCAUCCUCCAUGAAGAAAUAUUGAAAAGCUUUAAGCUCCACACCUAUUGCGAAAAAUUGAUUGGAAGGGAACGAGUUUGAGCUGGGAAGGAUGGAGUCAAUAGUGAAAAAAUAUCAGAGACAAUUCCGGAAAAUUAAGGAUGAAACUAGCCGAUGGGAAGAGCUUCAGUCUCGACUUAUUUCGCAAUUUUCUAAUGCAUCUGCCAUCAUCCAGAGGCUUCAGGCGAUCCAAAAUUUGCAAAACUAUGAAAUUUUGAGAUGUGUUGAGGGCAUAGAAGGUGUUGUGCUGGCAAAGCAGAUGGAUUCCUUUCAAACUAUCCUCCUCUCCAUCAACAACACUAUGAAAGAAUUUGGUGGGAUUGUUUCUUCCCUUGAGAAGGUGGUUCGUGAUAGCAAGCAGCUUGCGAAAGUAGGGUCUGCCCAGAUGACUGCAAAACAACUGCAGCAACAGAUUGGAGUAAAACCAACUCUUGCAGAUUGCAUAGAAGGACUUAGACUUCUUGAAGAAAUGCAUCGAUCAGAGUACCUUCUUAAAUUAUCUCUGGUAUCUGCGCUCCCCGCCCUUGCACUGAAACCCAGUGCAAGUGCUGACUUAGGGGCACUUCAACAGCUUUUGGUAGAUCAACCUAAUAUCCCCCGAGACGAAGUGCAAUAUGUUUUUGACAUUAUAUUUGCUGAAGAAAUAUCUUGAAGUACUCGAUAUGGUAAUGUCGAACUCAAGAAGGAAAGUUUGAGGGCCUUAAGCAUUCACAACUUACGGAAAUGGUGAAAGAAGCGUUAUUGAAUGCUCCACGAGGAAGGCAAAUAUCGCCAAACCCCGGAUCUUGUGACUUGUGAUUUCAUAUCAUCGCCCACAGUUCUUAAUUCAUAAAAUGAGUUCCAAUGUUUGUUUUUUCUUAAUUGGAUUUGGAUUUUCUUAUACAAAGAUUGAAAGUUGUAGACUUUUCUUUCCAUCAAGUUUGGAGAUUUUGAAGA